CUACGUAUUGAUAUUGCACGUCUCCCUGUGCUAUUAUCUUCCGACUUCCGACUUCCGACUUCCGAGUUGCAAGCAAAUAGGGACAGGGUCCAUUGUCUGAGUUCUCAUGCGAGCGAGCGAGCUUUGAUUUUGUUGACUGAUUUCUUUCAAAUACAAAGAAACACUAUUCCUUCUCUUCAUGUCUCUCUGCGCUUUCCUUUCUCUUCUUUUGUUACCUCCAGAUUGCCUCUUCUACUUCACUCCCAUCACCUAAAACCGCACCUCACACGUUCUCUUUCUGCUUUACCUUCUCCUUCUCCUUCGCUUCUACAUUCAUGCAAAGACCUUAAGAUUCUCAAGCAAAUCCAUGCCUCUCUCAUUCUCUCAACCACUGGGUUCAAACCCAUCUCGAUUUCAUCAAAGCUCAUAUCUUUGUAUUUUGAAUUCAAUGACCUUGAAACCGCCAUGUCGAUAUUUAAUGGCAUAGAAAAACCCAAUACUUAUUUGUGGAAUUUGAUCCUAAAAUCCCAUGUUGAAUCUGGUCUUUUCGUUGAGGCAAUCUCGUUGUAUAAAAUAAUGCGAGAGUUGGGUGUUGUUCAUGAUGGGUUUACAUUCCCGAUUAUUAACAGAGCCGUUUUGUUGAUGCGGAGUGGUGUAACGCAUGGACAAAUGAUUCACUGCAAUGCAACAAAAAUGGGGUUCGGAUUGGAUUUAUACUUCUGCAAUACAAUGAUUGAACUUUAUUGCAAUUAUGGAUGUGUUGUUUAUGGUCGUAAGAUGUUUGAUGAAAUGCUUGUGAGAGACGUGGUUUCUUGGACAUCAAUGAUUCGUGGGUAUGCAAGUCGCGGAAGUGUUGAUGUUGCUUUUCUAUUUUUCAGUAAAAUGCGGACAGAGAACAUGGAACCGAAUUUUGUCACUGUGAUUGUAAUGCUGCAGGGUUGUUCUACUUUUGGUGGUGUUAUCCAAGGGAAGUCAAUGCAUAAUUAUGUGAUCAAGGACGGUUUUUUAUCUGAUUGUUCUGUUCAAAAUUCAAUGUUGACAAUGUAUACAAAACUGGGUAGUGUUGGAGAAGUUGAAACUUUUUUUGGUGAUACUGGUAAGAGGGAUCCUAUAACAUGGACUGUGUUAAUUAACUUCUAUUGCUUCAGAGGGGACAUUGAAAAAGUGGUUGACAGGUUCAAGGAAAUGCAGGCAGAAGUGGAGCUCAGUGUCGAGACUUUGACCUUAGUGAUAUCAGCUUUUGCUAAGACUGGAGAUCUCCUCCAAGGAGAAAAGCUUCACUGUUUUGCUACUAAAGUCGGGCUCUGUGAUGAAGUUUUUCAGACUUCUAUGUUAGAUUUUUAUGCCAAGUGUGGGGAGCUACGACAUUCCAAGAGGUUGUUUAGUGAAAUUCCUCAGGGAAACAGCAUUACUUGGAGUGCAUUGAUGUCAGGUUUCGUUCAAAAUGGGCACUUCAGCGAGGCCAUUGCAUUGUUUGAACAAAUGCAAGCUGCAGGUCUCAAACCUAGAACUGCGAUAUUGAGAUGCCUCAUUGAUGCAUACACCAAUCUAGGAGCUUUGCAGUUGGGUAAAUCAGUUCAAGCCUACCUUAUUAGAACCGUGAUUUGUAGAACCGGAGAAGACAAUGUGCAGCUGCAUACUUCUAUACUAAACAUGUACACGAGAUGUGGAAGCAUUCGAAGUGCUAGAUUGUGUUUCAAUCAUAUGACAAUCAAAGACAUGGUAACAUGGACAUCAAUGAUCGAGGGCUACGGGAUCCAUGGCCUUGGUUGUGAAGCCCUAAAUACCUUUCACCAAAUGGUGAAGGAAGGAAUGACACCGAAUGAUGUCACUUUCUUAAGCUUGUUAUCUGCUUGUAGCCAUUCCGGGCUUGUAAGUGAAGGCUGUGAGGUUUAUAAUUCCAUGAAAUUGAGAUACGGGAUUGCUCCAAGUUUAGAUCACCACACUUGCCUGGUCGACCUUCUCGGUCGGUGUGGCAAGCUCAAAGAGGCAUUGUCUAUGAUCAUGAAACUGGCGUUUAAUCCUGAUAGCAGGAUCUGGGGUGCUCUUCUUGCAGCCUCCAGAGUUUAUGGUGACAGGAAAGUUGGGAAAUACGCAGCGCAAAGGCUUUUAGAACUGGAUCCUGAUGAUGUUGGAUACCACACAUUGUUGGGCAAUAUACAAGCCAGUAGUGAAAACUGGACUGAAGUUGAAGAAGUUAGGAGUGUUAUGAAUGAGAAGGAUAUGAAGAAGACACCAGGCUGGAGCUACAUAGAGGAGAAAGGAAGGAUUCAUGGCUUUGUUUCAGGAGAUAUGUCACACCCUCAGGUGGGAGAAAUUUAUGAAGUGUUGGGUAGUUUAAAUAGGAAGAUAAAGCAAUUGGGAUGAGCAAAUCAAAUGCAAUUGAAUUUUGUUUACAUUUGCAUUGGAUAGACAUAAACUUGGUUUCCAUAAUUUCUCAAAUUAUUACUUUUAUCAUUUCU